AUGUCUCGAUCUGGCACCACUCUCUAUGUCACAGGCUUCGGCCAUGGCACUCGUGCCCGCGACCUUGCCUACGAAUUCGAACGUUAUGGUCGCCUUGUGCGCUGCGAUAUUCCUGCGCCUCGAACUCCUUCAAGCCGACUCUUUGCCUUUGUUGAGUAUGAGAGCCGCCGUGACGCCGAUGAUGCCUAUCAUGAGAUGCACAACAAACGAAUUGGCCGCGACGAUCUCUUGAAGAUUGAGUGGGCGCGAACUCCCCCUUCAGCCUCUUGGCGAUUCGAUUCGGGUCGGGAUCGCCGUCGUGAUCGCACUCCUCCUCGCCGAGGCCGUUCUCCCUCCCCCCGUCGCAGCCGCGGUGAUUACUCGCCCCGACGUGAUGACAGAUAUGAACGGGACGCCGACCGCCCCGACCGCGACCAUGAUCGCCGCGAUCGGGACCGCGACCACGACCGUCGGGAACGCGAUGACCGCCGUGACCGCGAACGUGAGCGUUCUCGCGAUCGCUCCCGCAGCCCCGAAGACCGGGACCGUGACGUCAAGGAGGAUCGUGAGAGACGUGAAGACGACCGGGAGCGUCGGGAGGAGGAACGCGACGCCAUCCCUAAUGGCGAUGACAGGAAAGUACCCCUGGACCCCGUUCCUUCUGCUCACGACGAGCUCGACACUGCUGAGUAG